AUGGAUAGCAGCAGCAGCAGCCACCUUCCUCUUCCCCUGCUUUUGUCAUCAUUCCUACUCAUCACCGUCUCCUCCACCAUCUUUCUCCUCCUCAAACUGUGGAAGGAAGUCUCAGAACAGCAUGAAUCGGCGGCGCCGCCACUUCCUCUUCCCCCAGGACCCAGAAAGCUUCCCAUCAUCGGAAACCUGCACAACCUCUCCGGCUCCAAGCUUCCCCACCACCGCCUCCUCGAGCUGGCCAACGCACACGGCCCUCUGAUGCACCUCCAGCUCGGCCAGCUCCAAACCAUCGUCGUCUCCUCCGCGGAGACGGCGAAACAAGUCUACAGGACCCACGACCUCACCUUCUCCAACCGCCCGCGUCUCCUCCUCGUCGAUAUCAUAUUCCGCAACCGCGACCUCGCCUUCGCCCCCUACGGCGAGUACUGGCGCCAGCUCAGGAAGCUGUGCGUCCUGGAGCUGCUCAGCGCCAAGAGGGUCCACUCUUUCGGCCCCAUCAGCAUUGUCGUCGUCAGGGAACAGGAAGUGUCUCGCUUGGUCGACGACGUUCGCUGCUGCAAGAGAGGCGCGGCGGUCAACAUUAGCGCGAUGAUUUUCUCACUAACGUACCGGAUCAUAUCGAGGGCUGCGUUCGGGAAGCCGUACAAGGAGCUGGAGUCGUCGUUCGUGCAACUGACCAUGGAGAUGAUCGAGAUCGGGAGUGGGUUCGGUGUUGCUGAUGUGUUCCCGUCUUGGGAACUCCUCCUGCUCGUCACCGGGGUUCGAUCCAGAUUGCAGAAAUUGAAGCGGGAAUCGGACCGGAUACUCCACAGCAUAAUAGAGGAGCACAGAGCAGCAGCCAAAGCAGGGGAGAGUGUGAAGGAGGAGGAGGAAGAUCUUGUGGAUGUUCUGUUCAAGGUUCAGCAAAAUGGAGACCUUGGGUUCAAACUAACCACUGAAAGUCAAUAUACUAACUUACCUCUUAAAACAAACAAUUGUGAUUCUUUUUUGCAGGAACUUUUUUUCGCAGGAAGCGAGACUUCAUCGACAGCACUGGAAUGGGCCAUGUCGGAGCUGGUUAGAGACGAAAGAGUGAUGAAGAAGGCACAAGACGAGAUUAGGGCGGUGUUUGGGAAGAGAGGGGAGGUUGAGGAAACGGGGAUUCACGAACUGAAUUACCUGAAGAUGGUGAUCAAAGAAAGCCUGAGGCUGCACCCUCCGCUGCCUCUGCUUGCCCCUAGAGAGUCUCGGGAGCAGUGCGAGUUGGGAGGGUACGGAAUCCCGGAGAAGACCAAGGUGAUAGUGAAUGCAUGGGCCAUCGGGAGGGAUCCAAAGUACUGGAGUGAACCCGAGAGAUUCUAUCCGGAGAGGUUCUUGGAUGCAACAAGUGUCGAUUACAAGGGGAAUGAUUUCGAGUUCAUUCCGUUUGGUGCCGGAAGGAGGGUCUGUCCUGGAAUAUCAUUCAGUAUAUCUAGUGUGGAGACUGCGCUCGCUAAUUUGCUGUUCCAUUUUGAUUGGAAGCUUCCUCAAGGGAUGAAGCCUGAAAGCCUGGACAUGGAUAAACUAUUUGGUGCUACGAUUAGGAGGAAAAAUGAUCUACACUUGAUUCCAACAGUUUGGCAGCCAUGA